AUGGCUCAAUCCAUUGCAUUCGGAAUUGCCGGAAAAGUAUUGGAGAAACUAGGCAAUGUUGCCUAUGAAGGAAUUUGCUCGGUAUGGGGUGUUCGAAAGGAGUUUGCAAAGCUUAAGGACACGCUAGCUGCUAUCAGAGCUAUGGUCCUGGAUGCUGAACAACAACAGGCUCGUACACAGGAGCUCAGUCUUUGGCUACAAAGGUUCAAAGAUGCUUGCUACGAUGUGGAAGACCUGAUAGACGAGUUCAAGAUCGAAGCAUUUAGGAGGCAAGUCCUGGAACGGGGAAGCACUAAAAGGAAGGUACGCCAUUUCUUUUCUGGCUCAAACCCUUUGGCAUUUCGCUUUAGGAUGGGCUAUAAGAUCAAAAAGGCAAACGAGAUGUUGAAUGAGAUUGCAACUAGCAUGGCCAAGUUUCGUCUCACUCAAAAACAUGAAACUAAUGUCAUACAUCGUGAGAGGGAAACCUACUCUUUUGUUAAGACAUCUAGUGUCAUCGGUCGAGAUGAAGCUAAACAAGACCUAGUAAACAUCUUAAUGAAUCCAACUGAUGAGAACGAUAUCCCUGUCCGUCCCAUAGUUGGGAUCGGAGGUAUUGGGAAAACAACCCUUGCCCAAUUGGUGUUUAAUGAGGAGAGUGUGAAGUCGCAUUUUGAAUUGAGAAUCUGGGUGUGUGUUACAGAGGAUUUUGACAUCAAACAACUGAUGAUAAAAAUCAUUAAAUCUGCCACUGAUGAUGUCUGGAACGACGAUAACAAGAAAUGGCGUGAGCUGAAAGAUUUGUUGUGUGGGGGAGCCCAAGGGAGUAGAAUAAUUGUCACAACUCGUAGCCUCGAUGUGGCUACAAUCACAGGCACAAUCCCUCGAUAUGAUUUAGAGCAUCUUUCUUAUGAGAAUUGUCUAUCAUUGUUUCUUAAACUUGCCUUUAUAGAAGGUGAAGAGAAACAACAUGACAAUCUUGUUAAAAUCGGGGAAGGAAUUGUUCAAAAAUGCAAAGGGGUUGCUUUGGCCGUGAAGACUUUAGGCAGCCUACUCCGUUCAACCAGGGUACAACAUGAGUGGGAGGUUGUGAGAGAUAGUGAACUAGUGAAGUUGAAACAGAAGGAAAAUGACAUCUUGCCUGCUUUAAAACUAAGUUAUGAUCAUUUGCCCUGGUAUUUAAAGCAAUGUUUUGCCUUUUGUUCAGUUUUUCCAAAAGAUUUUGAAUUCGGUCAUCACCGUUUGACCCAAUUGUGGUUGGCAAAUGGCUUUUUGCAAUCACCAUACGAAAAUGAAGAGCCAGAAGAUAUUGGGAAUCGGUAUAUACAAGAGUUACUAUCAAGAUCUUUCUUCCAACAAUAUGAAGAUUACCUUUUAUUUACCAAAUUUAAAAUGCAUGAUUUAGUACAUGAUCUUGCAUUAUCAGUGGCGCAAAAUGAGGUGAAUUCAUGUAACCAUUAUUCGACUGGGAAUGUUCGACAUUUAUGGUUUGAUCUAUCAAAGCAAGAUGCUUCCCAAUUACCAAAUAACUUGGGUUGUCUGCAGUCACUUUUCUUAUUUGAUGAAGAAGGCAAGGCUGAUAGCGAAUCUCUUAUUGCAGAAGUCAUCUCAAGGUCUAAACAUUUGAGGGUGUUAGAUUUGGCUAGCUGCAGUUUAGAGCAAUUGCCAAACAACAUACGUUAUUUUAAGCGGUUGAGAUAUUUGAGCCUAGCCUACGAUGGAAAUAUAAAAAGGCUUCCAAAUUCCAUUUGCAAUUUGCCGAGUUUGGAAACACUUGACCUUGUUGGAUGUAGGGUAAUUGAAGAAUUACCAAAAGACAUAAGGUACCUGAUUAGCCUUAGAUCAUUAACGGUAACAACAAAACAGACGCGUUUGCAAGAGAAUGGAAUAUCGUGCCUAACUUCUCUUCGAAGGUUGAUCUUUUCUGAAUGUGAAAAUUUAGAAAAAUUGUUUGAAGACAUUCAAAACCUAACAGCUCUCCGAGAAUUGUACAUACAUGAAUGCCACAACUUGGUUUCAUUGCCACAAGGUUUAAAAUACCUAACUGCAUUAGAACUUUUGGUAAUUUGGAAUUGUGAAAAGCUUGAUCUCAUUAUGGAGGAGUUGGAACUUGAGAGGGAAGAAGGUGGUAGCCUUAGAAAAUUGGCAGUCAGAGGAGUGCCAAAGCUGGAGUCACUACCCCAAUGGAUUCUUCUAGGAUCCAUCAAAACUUUGCAGCACUUGUACAUCAGCAACUUGAAUAAUCUCUGGACGUUACCAACAUGGUUCCAACAUUUCACAUCCCUUCAAAAUCUUUACAUUAUAAAUUGCCCAAAACUGUCGUGUCUAUCAGAAGGGAUGCAACACCUCACUGCACUCAAAAGAUUAAGGAUUGGAGAGUGUCCAAAAUUAAACAAAAGAUGCAUUGAAGAAACCGGUGAAGACUGGCCUAAGAUUGCUCAUGUCCCUGACUUUUAUUGUGGUGACUUCGAGACAACAACAAAUGACAAAUAG